AUGAUCCCCCAGAAGCGCCCCGCCGAGGACCUCGCCGCGACUGCUCUUGAGCACAAGAUCGCCGAGCAGCCCGCUCUCUCCAACGGCAGCGCCAAUGGCACCGGCAACGGCAGCUCCCUGGCUCCCCUGGACGCAUCCAAAUUGAUCAUUACCCGCGCUGACCCUGCCGCUCGCCCCGUCCCGGACGAAGCCACUGCGUGCUCCGGCAACGAGACCGUCUGCACUGACCACAUGAUCACCGUCUCCUGGAAUUCCUCGACCGGCUGGUCCGCGCCUGAGCUGAAGCCGUACGGACCCCUGACCCUGAUGCCCACGGCCUCGGUGCUGCACUACGCGACUGAGUGCUUCGAGGGUCUCAAGGCCUUCCGCGGCUUCGACGGCAAGCUGCGGCUGUUCCGGCCGGAUCUGAACUGCAAGCGCAUGCUCAUGUCGACGCUGCGCAUCUCCCUGCCCGGCUUCGAUCCUGCCGAGCUGGAGAAGCUCAUCAUCAUGCUCAUGUCCAUUGACGGACCAAAGUGGCUGCCCGCUUCCCGCCCAGGCUCGUUCUUGUACUUGCGCCCAGCCAUCAUCGGCACUCAGCCGCAGCUCGGUGUGCAGACGCCCAAGGAGGCGCUGCUCUUUAUCACAGCCUCCUUCAUGCCGCGCAUGGAUAGCCCUAAGGGCGGCAUGAAGCUGCACACCAAUCCGGAAGACAUGGUUCGUGCGUGGGUGGGCGGCUUCGGCUACGCCAAGGUCGGCGCCAACUACGGCCCAAGCCUGCUGGCGACGAACGAGGCGAAGGAGCGUGGCUUCACCCAGAUUUUAUGGCUGUACGGUAAGGAGGGCUACUGCACUGAGGCCGGUGCUAGCAACUUCUUCCUGGUGUGGAAGACUCCCGAGGGCAAGACUCAGUUAAUUACCGCGCCGCUCGAUGAUAAGCUCAUUUUGGACGGUGUCACUCGGAGAAGCGUGGUUCAGCUGGCCAAGGAGAGGCUUGCGGAUGAACUGGAGGUUGUUGAGCGCAAAUAUACCAUCGAUGAGGUCAUUCAGGCUCACAAGGAGGGCCGUAUUGUCGAGGCUUUCGCUGCUGGCACUGCCUUCUUCAUCUGCCCCGUUUCCCAGAUCCGCCACCGCGAUGUCGAUGUUCACAUCCCAAUGGCUCAGGGAGAUGUCGGCGAGUACACGGCCAAGAUCAAGCAGUGGAUGGCCAAUAUCAUGUACGGCAAGGAGCAGCACCCGUGGGGUGUUGUUGUUGAGGAACAGCAGUAG